GUCAGUGUGUCAAACGUCAAACUGUCAACAAGACUGGAAGUGAAGUGGCAGAGGGUGCAGUGCAACAGUUGCAAUAUGCACUUAUUUUAAUUAAUAAUUCAUGUUUAUAAUGUAUUAAAUGUUUUAUAUUAUAUUGCCAUACCAUAUUUUAAAAUCGCAUUUACCAAGUCGAGUGUGAAAAAGGUACAUUGUUUACCUUUGAUUACUAUCACAACAUUCUAUGUUUCUUAAUUUAUAUAAAUUGAAACAUCAGUUAAAAUGGACCCUUUAAGAGACUCCACAUCUUUACAAGAUUGUUUAAGUAAUCCUGCAAAACGUGUUACUCCAAAUGUACCAACACCUGUUUGGGACAAUGUAGAAAGUCGGACAGCUUUAGUUGAAAGUGACAUAUUUUCGCCACCACCAGUGCCUUCAAGUCAACCAUCAGUUAUAUCCAAUAGCUCCAUGAAUGUAAAUAUGGCUCGCACCCCACAACACAGACCUACAAGCGUCCAUAGUGACAAUAGUGCAUCGUCAACGCAAUUGCCGACACCUCAGGCUCCAUCACGGAUAACUGGCGAUGUGGUGCUCACUCCAACUCACAGUACCUUCACCCCUCAGGCCAACCCUCAUAGCUCCAUGACUGCUCUAACGCCAAUGCCGAGCGGUACGAGUCAAGCAAAAAAUAGCAUAAAAAUACAGAAUUGUGUAUCCACUGUUAGUCUCGGAUGUGAAUUGAAGUUGCUGGAUAUUUACUGCAGAACACGGUUCUCAGAAUACAACCCUGCAAGAUUCCAAGGCGUUGUCAUGAAAAUAUUGGAGCCCAGAGCUACAGCACUAGUGUUCAGGUCAGGGAAAAUAGUAUGCACAGGAGCAAGAAAUGAACAUGAUUCAUACUUGGCAGCUAGAAAAUUUGCAAGGAUCAUUCAAAAACUUGGAUUUCCCGCCAAGUUUCUGGAUUUUAAAAUUCAGAAUUUCAUAGCAACAGGUGACUUGAGGUUCCCCGUCAGAUUAGAGGCUCUGCAACAAGCACACGGACAGUUCACAUCAUAUGAGCCCGAGCUCUUCCCUGGGCUGGUCUACCGGAUGGUGCGGCCUAGAGUUGUCCUCUUGAUAUUUGUUAACGGAAAAAUUGUGUUUACAGGAGGAAAGACGAGGAAUGAAAUCCAUGAAGCUCUAGAUAUUAUUUAUCCAAUAUUAAGAAGUUAUAGAAAAAAUUAGGACUUAAUAUUAUUUUAAGGUUAUUGAUUGUUUUAAUAAUUGUCGAUUAUUAUUUAUUUUACAUAUGUAUAAUAAAAUGAUGGAACAUUGGUGAA